AUGCGUCAACUCACUGAAGAAGAGACCAAAACUUUGUUCUCAAAGCUCGCCCACUACACAGGGCGUUCUUUGAACAGCCUUGUCGCCCCCACCGAUGGCGGACCUCAGAUGGUCUUCCGUCUGCAAGGAAGCCGAGUCUAUUAUAUGCCCCUAGCCAUUGCGAACCUCGCGACCUCAAUUCCCCGCGACAACCUCUUGUCCGCUGGUACCCAGAUGGGUAAAUUCACAAAGACUGGAAAGUUCAGGCUCAACUUGACUUGUUUGGAUGUGGUGGCUCCCCACGCCAGAUACAAGCUGUGGAUCAAGGCCAAUGGAGAGAUGCCUUUCCUUUACGGAGGCAACGUCGUGAAGGCGCACGUUGGCCGUUGGUCCGAGGACUGCCCUGAGCACAGUGGUGUCAUUGUGUACAAUCAGGAUGAUACCCCCCUCGGAUUCGGAGGUAAUAUCUCACUCGGUCGCCUGAAUAUGCGGGAAUUAACUAACGGACAAAUAGUCUCGGCACGUGCAACCCAGGAGGCAAAGAAGCUGGACCCUACCGGUAUUGUCCUCUUCAGACAAGCGGAUGUUGGAGAAUACCUCCGUGAGGAGGAUACCCUUUUCACUACUUAA